CAAUCCUUGUCUGCCUCCUUCCCUCAGGUGGUAGCUGCCCGCUCUCUGUGGGCGGGAAGGAAUUGGCGGGAAAGGAGGGGUCGGAGGAGCAAGGGAUGGCAGAAGGAGACCUAUAUAUCUCUGUGUGCGCUCCAUCAGCUAGAUUCCAUAGUCUGGGAGGUAAAAAGGAGGAAUCUCCGCAAAUGCUUUUAAUAUACAAGACGCAACAAGAUUCUACCAGAGAGAGCUGGGAGGGGAGCCUGCGGCUCAUGUAGUGGGCUGAAGGAGGAGGCCACCGCGCUUCUCCUACCCGCCCAACCCCUCAUCUCACCUUUAUGGACGAGCACCUCAGUCUCCUGCAUUCGCCUCCUCCAUCCUCCACCAGACACAGAACCAACUCGAACAUAGUUAACCCAGGCUACACGGACUUGGAGCAGGAGAUCAUGACUGUGGUGGCGUGUGAUAACAUCCUGGAGGAGGCGGCUGCCCUGCCGGGGCACCACUCUAGCGAAGCCUACGAGCAAGAGGACCAUGAGUGCUGUGAGAGGGUAGUGAUCAAUAUAUCCGGCCUUCGCUUUGAGACCCAGCUGAAGACUUUAGCCCAGUUUCCCGACACCUUGCUCGGCGACCCCAAGAAAAGGAUGCGAUACUUCGAUCCCCUGCGGAACGAAUACUUUUUUGACAGGAACCGCCCCAGUUUCGAUGCCAUCCUUUACUACUACCAGUCGGGCGGCAGGAUCAGGAGACCGGUGAACGUUCCCAUAGACAUUUUCUCAGAAGAGAUCCGCUUCUACGAGCUGGGGGAAGAAGCCAUGGAGAAGUUCAGAGAAGAUGAGGGCUUUAUCAGGGAAGAGGAGCGGCCGCUUCCCCCCAAUGAAUUUCAGAGGCAGGUAUGGCUUCUUUUCGAGUACCCUGAGAGCUCCGGACCUGCCAGGGGUAUCGCCAUCGUCUCCGUCCUGGUGAUCCUUAUUUCCAUUGUCAUCUUCUGCCUGGAAACGCUGCCCGAGUUCCGAGACGACAAGGAAUACAGCGGAACGGCUCUGCCCCCUGGCAAUGGCACCGGCCCGUACAUCAGCAGCUCCUUCACCGACCCGUUCUUCGUGGUGGAGACCCUGUGUAUCAUAUGGUUUUCAUUCGAGCUGCUGGUCAGGUUCUUCGCUUGCCCGAGCAAAGCCACUUUCUGUAAGAACAUUAUGAACAUUAUAGACAUAGUGGCCAUCAUCCCUUACUUUAUCACCCUGGGGACUGAGCUGGCUGAGCGCCAAGGAAACGGGCAGCAGGCGAUGUCGCUGGCAAUCCUCCGAGUCAUUCGGUUGGUCAGAGUCUUUCGGAUCUUCAAGCUUUCCAGGCAUUCCAAAGGGCUGCAGAUCCUGGGGCAGACACUGAAGGCCAGCAUGAGGGAACUGGGGCUGCUCAUCUUCUUCCUUUUUAUCGGAGUCAUCUUAUUCUCCAGCGCAGUCUACUUCGCAGAGGCUGAUGACCCUUCUUCUGGGUUUAAUAGCAUCCCGGACGCCUUUUGGUGGGCGGUGGUCACCAUGACUACUGUGGGAUACGGUGAUAUGCAUCCUGUCACCAUUGGGGGAAAGAUUGUGGGCUCUCUGUGUGCCAUUGCCGGGGUGUUAACAAUCGCCCUGCCGGUGCCUGUCAUCGUCUCUAACUUCAACUAUUUCUACCAUCGGGAGACGGAGGGAGAGGAGCAGGCUCAGUACCUGCACGUAGGGAGCUGCCAGCACCUGUCUUCCAAUGAGGAUCUGAAGAAGGCACGGAGCAACUCCUCACUGAGCAAAUCAGAGUAUAUGGUCAUAGAGGAAGGGGUCAGCCCGGGGCCCUUUAAACAGCCGGCCUUCAAAACGGGCAACUGCACAACAAACAACCCAAACUGUGUGAAUAUCAAGAAGAUCUUUACCGAUGUGUAACUGCGAGACACUUGUUGCCAAGUGAAUACAUCAACAGCAACUAGAAAAGUCACUGUAGCAUCGGCAUCAGCGUGUUCCUCUCAUUGUUUCUUUUCUGAGCGCUUCCACCUAAAUACACGGUGCCGGCAGCCUGGUGUGGGGCUGGUGUGGGGCUGGUGUGGGGCUGGUGAGCGACAGCCAGCGAUUCAGCUGCUGUUUCGGGGAGCUGCCAUCUAUCGCCUUUAUUUUAACAUUCUGCAAGAAAGCGGGAGCGGGUUGCUAAGUCUUACAUUUUCUCUCAAUUAAGUGCUGCUGCUUAGCUCUUAAAUAUCAGUGCAUAAGGAACACCACCUUAUUGCUAAUUACUUCUCAGGCAUCCUUCUGAGGGCAAUAUGAUUCAAUUUAACCAUUCUUAUUUGGCUCCUGCUUACAAUGUUUUUUUUUUUAAAAAAAGAUGAAGUCCUUAAUCCCUGCAGAAAAAUCGCAUUGUUCUGUUCUAUUUUUUUAUGACAGAACAGCACAGAUGUUUCUGCUUUAAUGUAUAAGUAGAUCAACACUCAGUAAAAAAUUUGUUUAAAGCUGCUUUUACAUAUUAUAAAGUUGCAGUGAAACUGCAUUUUUAUGUCUAUGAUAGUGCCAAGCAGCAUAACAAAAUUCAGAAUGUCCUUAGAUUAUGUUAUGUGUAACAGGUCUACAUGCCAGAAGAUUAAACUGCUGGACUUGCUUUUCAUCGGAAGUUACUAAUUCUGACCCCAGUGAUGCAGUUUCCAUAGCAACAAAGGUUUCCUGGGAAACCCUAUUCGUUGUCAUGGUAUCUCUUUAGUUCCCAUAGCAACUAUCCAGAUGGCUCCAACUUACAGAUAUGCUGCUGCUGUUGGGAAAAUGCUCAGAGAAAGUUAAUCCCAGAGAGCUUUGCAAAAUAGGUAUGGAAAUAAGAACGUCACCUGUGAUGAAGGAAAUGAAUAAUCAUUUCUAGCCUCUUGUUGAAAAGUAUAAAGUAAUCUUCCAAAGAAUUAACUGUGAGACAAAACAAAUAUGACUGUAAUAAAUCUACAAGGAAGGGUCUGCUGCAAAGGGUAAAUCAAACUGAGUAAAAUGAUCACAUAAAAAUGACUUGAAAGAAAAUAAGCAGUAGCAUCUUAGAAAAAAGCACUUUAUACAUUUGAAAACACAUCAGCACUUAACUAUGUAAGGGAAGUGAACCAGCCUUAUCAGGAAAAACAGACCAUGGCAAUUAGGGAAUAACUGAAAGGCAACCUCAACUGGAAAAUGCCACCCUUGUCUUAUUCAACCCUUUCACCAAAGGAAGUGGUGCAACAUAAAGGAAGAUAAAGAAGAUUUUAAAGGCCUGGACUGAAUAGACAGCAAGAUGAUAUUGUCUUUGUCAUUCUCCAGAUGUUGUGAAAACCAGUGGAUAUGUUACACCACAGAAGAAAACUCAAGUACAUGAAAGAAACUUAAAAGCAACAGAUUGCGCAGAUAAAGAAAGGUCCUGGUCUCAUAGUAAUAUGUUUCUAUUUUUAUAAAGUUUUAUUAGUUGUUAGUUUUACACAAGUGCAUUAUGUUGCAGAAGUUGUUCCUAGAAUUCCAACAUAUCCAAAUUCAGUGCAAUAUGUCUUAGUAUGAGAAGACAAAAUAUAGAUGCAAAAAACUUCUUGUGAUCAUUCUUGUCCUGUAAAGGUGAAUUUCUGUAAACGAGUGCUGCUAUUUAAUAUUGUGAUUCAUGGGAAAAAUUCAAACUGUAUGUUUGUAAAUGUUAAAGUUCAAACUUGUCUUUGUAUUUUUAUCCUAUCUCAGAUUACAUUACUAGCUUUAUUUUACUUUGGAAACUGAAGUAAUAAAUUUAUAAUAUAUUUUUGUUUACUUUUAGGUGCAGAAUUGAUUUAUAAGAUUGUGUAUUGUACCAAAGGCUGUAAUGUCUGUCUUUUUGUAAAUGUUAAUCACCACUGUGCAUAUACUGUAUAUCAGUCAUUAAACUGCCAGAAAUUUAGCCUGAUACCCAAGUCAUUUAAUGUUUUGGACUGUAAGCACAUUAUAGUGUAGUCUCCUGUAAGUGAGAAAAACAGUUAUGCUCCCACCACUUUAAAGCUAUAGAUGGGGUGAUUUCUGUCAAAUUAGAAUUCCAUGUGCAUUGUGGCUGCUAUUACCAGGCAGUUACAUAAAAUAAAAAAAGUCCUCAGCACUAAUUAGAUACAUAUAUAUAUAUAUAUCUUAUUUGGAUCUAUAUUUGGAUACUGUGAUUUAUGUGCUUACAAUUUUAAUGGCAAUGUAUUGGUUAAAAAUGGUACUUGAUUAUUUUUUUAAAACCGCAUAUGCACUUUUUCCUUUUUCUAUGUGCACUUGUUUCCCUUUUAUAUAUAUGCAGUAUAUCUUUUAAAGAAUUCAUGGCAAUCUGGGGACACGGAUGCUAAUAGUUUACAUUUAAAUUCUCUAUCUCUCUAUAUAUAUAAUAUACACUAUAAAGGAUUUGAAGGCUUGACAGGAAAGGUGGGAAAUAACUAUAAUUCUGUAAAGAUAUGUGCAUUUAAGAUUGUAUUACACUGCAUUAUUUUCAAUAAAAUUAUUCUGUCUGGCCUCA